GAAGCCGGAAGUGACCGAGGCCGCUGUUACGGUGUCGGGAUGGAUCGGUGACAGAGGCCGAUGGAAGGGGCGGGUCCGGGGGACUCGGGAAACGGGACUGGCAGCGGCGGCGGGGAAACAGGCGUGGUUUACACCAUGGAGAACAAACCCAUCGUCACCUGUGCUGGGGAUCAAAACUUGUUCACUGCAGUUUAUUCCAACCUUACCCAACAGCUGCCCCGAGAACCUAUGGAGUGGAGAAGGGCUUAUGGCCGUGCUCCAAAGAUGAUCCACCUGGAGUCUAACUUUGUUCAGUUUAAAGAAGAACUUUUACCCAAAGAAGGAAACAAGGCCCUACUCACCUUCCCAUUCCUGCACAUUUACUGGACUGAGUGCUGUGAUACCGAAGUAUAUAAAGCCACAACCAAGGAUGACAUCACCAAGUGGCAGAACGCACUCCGCACUCACAGCACUACGGAUUGGCUGAUUGUAGUGGUGGAAAGUGAAGCUAAGAAAAAGAAUAAAACAAACAUUCUCCCACGUACCUCUAUUGCAGACAAGAUCCGGAGCGACUUCUGCAACAAGCAGAGCGACCGGUGUAUGGUGUUGGUAGACCCCCUAAAAGACACGCCUCGCUCACAGGAGUCCUGGUCUCUCUUCUUGGCUAAGCUGCGCACAUUGCUGCUUACAUCUUUCACAAGGAACCUGGGACACUUCGAGGACGAAAUGAGAACUCUGAGAGAGAAGAGAACUGAGCCGUGCUGGAGUUUCUGUGACUACUUUAUGGUGCAGGAAGAACUUGCCUUUGUGUUUGAGAUGUUACAACAAUUUGAAGAUGCGUUGGUUCAGUAUGAUGAAUUGGACGCCCUCUUUUCUCAGUAUGUUCUGAACUUUGGCGCUGGCGAUGGUGCGAAUUGGUUGAGCUCAUUCUGCCAGCCUGUCCAAAGUUGGGACGGACUUGCUCUUCGAAAGCCCAUUGACAUGGAGAAAAGGGAUAUGAUUCAGAAACGGCGUGCAAACCUGCUGGAGCUCCGCAGUUACCUGUUCUCCCGCCAGUGCACCCUGCUGCUUUUCCUCCAGCGUCCCUGGGAGGUGUCUCACCGGGCCCUGGAGCUUCUCCAUAACUGUGUACAGGAGCUUCGACUGCUGGAGGUGUCUGUCCCUCCUGGGGCCCUGGACUGCUGGGUUUUUCUGAGCUGCCUGGAGGUUCUGCAGAGGAUCGAGGGGUGCUGUGAACGAUCUCAAAUUGAGGCCAAUGUUGCGCACACAGUUGGGCUGUGGAGCUAUGCCACUGAAAAGCUCCAGUCCCUGGGCUCUCUAUGUGGGUUGGUAUCAGAGAAGGGCCCGUGCUCUGAAGAUCUCCAACGCACUGUUGAUAUACUAGCUGGACUUGGCGCUGAGAGGCCAGAGACGGCUAACACUGCCCAGAGCCCUUAUAAGAAGCUCCAGGAGGCUCUGUCAUCCGAGGAAGCCUUUGAGAAGCAUUACCUGGAUUUGUCCAACACGACCAUAGAGAUGUAUAACAGUAUUGGGAGAUCUCGAUCGGCUAAACUUGUGGGGAAAGAUCUCGCUGACUUUUACAUGAGGAAGUCUUUGCCGCAGAAAGCAGAGCCAUUCUUGCAGGGUGCUUUGCGUAUGUACCAAACAGAGGGGUGGGCGCUGCCCCUCACUCACACUCGCAAACAGCUGGCAGAGUGUCAGAGACAGCUGCACCAGACAGAACCAUACCUACAGACCUGCUGCUUGUUGGCAGCGGAUGCUAACUUAUCAUUGGAUGAGCGCAAGGUAUACUGUCAGGAAAUCCUUUCAUUCGCUACACAGAGCUCGGGUACCAGAGAGAAAGCGGUCUGCCUCCCCUUGGGCUCCUUUGCUCAGCUCGUGUCUCUGUGCUUUGAACCUGCCAAUGCUGUAGUGCAUGUGGGAGGCUCCCUCUGCAUGGAACUCACUCUAAAGAGUUUGAUGCCUCAGGCAUUGCAGCUUGAUCAGCUCUCAGGACACUUCCACUACAGCCUGGAUAAAAACAGCUACCGUAAGACUGCCGAGUGGCUAACACGUCACAAACCCGCUACUGGAACUUUUACUUUCCAGACAGAGGGGACUCAGGGUAACAGGGGCACAACACCGUCUCUGGAGCUGUCCGAGAUGUACGAGAAGAGCCCAUCUGAAGGCAUUCUAGUGAGCACAGGAGUCAUCUGCAAGAACGUGCACAUGCUGAUCCGCCCACCAGACUCCCAAUCGUCUUUAUUAUCCCCGCUGGACAAGACCUCCGCAAUUAAUCUGGAGAAUGGAGCAAACACCUUGAAAUGCAGCAAUGUCACCCUACAGCCGGGUCUCAACCAGCUCACCUUCCAUACCCAGGCUCAGGAGACUGGUACCUAUAGCUUACGUCAGCUGGGGGCAUCUAUUGGAAACGUGAAGCUACUUCUUCCCCAUAUCUACCCGAUAGUACAAUAUGAUGUUUACUGUCAGGAGCCUCAGCUAAAAGUGGAACCGCUAAGUGAAUGUCUUUUGGCUGGAGUUCCACAGAAACUGAAGUUUACAGUCACAACUGGGCAUUACAGCGUGAAGGAAGGAGACACGUUACAACUUAGCAAUGCAGACAGUAUGCACUUCCUGCUACGGCAGAGUCCAAUGGCGUCUAUUUCUAAAAAUCACAACGGGGAUGUGUCUCACAGCACUCUUAGUAUCCAGCAUUCUGACAAGGUGACCACAAUCUCUUUGCCUCCGGCCCCUCCCUAUCACCUCAUGGAGUUUGAGCUGGAUGUGGUGUGUGUGUUGCCUGAAGGGGGCAGGCUACUAAAUGGAGAAGUGCCUCACAUGGCAAAGGAACGCCACGAUUCCCACAACGGUAACAUUACUGAACAGAGGGUUUCGGUUGACUGUCCUUGGUCCAUCUACUCCACCAUCAUCAGUUUGACCUUUCACCUCCCCCUCAAAGCUCAACACACCCUGCUGUCCUCUGGCACAAGGAAAUAUAUCCAGGUUUGUGUGGAAAACACAUCUGUAUUUAAUUUCCAGCUUACUGAAAGCGGCAUAAACACCUCUCAAGAUGUGCACUUUCACCCCUUGCACCAGACGGGCAUCCAGGACAUCCAGAGUCAGCAGUGCCUAUUCUUUGUGUGGGAGAUUACGUGGUGCCAAGACCUUCCAACUUCUCUUCCCGUCCACUUCUCAGUCAGCUUCUGUCCUGUGCCCUUUGCCGAGCGGUGUGAACAUCUGCAGCCCUUCACCUACCUCUUCCACCUGGAGCACUUUUAUACUCUGUACACGGUGCAGGUGGAUAUCAUCCCCCCUACAGAUGCCCAGUUCUGUAAAAUGGGGUCUUUGUGCUCCCUUGAGGUUUGUAUUACCCGGCUUUGUGACCCAUUGGAGCCAGAGAAGGAGGGGACACUCAGUGAGUGUGAGGGAUUCCGCAGCACUCAGCUGUUCUAUCAGGUAGUGGAUGGUGGCAGUAACUGGGCUGUCUGUGGGCGCAGUUCUGGAGUGGUGUUAAUGCCCGUGCAGCGGGGGUCAUGUCACACUGUACGGAUGGAGGUGAUGCCGCUGUUUGCUGGGUUUCUUCCUUACCCUGAUGUACGUCUCUUCCGAUACGUGCCACACCAUUCACACUCCCAACAACUGGAUGCAGAUAGUUGGAUUGAAAAUGACUCUGUGUCAGUGGAGGACCCAACUGAAGCAAUGAGCGGCCGAGCUCAGAGCAGCUCUCUAUCCCCGGGACCCUCCGCCUCCUCGAAAGAACAAAAGGGACUACCAAUGCCACGUCUGCAGCCUUUCCACACUGGCCAAAUUAGCAACAGCAGUAUUGGACGACAGAUCCUAGUUAUUCCCAGUACGGAUGACCAUGUGCUGGAGGUCAAUGUCACAUGACCCAGCGCCCCGCGGGGGGCAGAUUUGCUUGUAUUAUCUAUGUACAGUUGAAUGUGGGACUUAGCGGUUGUAGACUCUAUUGGUCCCUCUUACCUGAAGAGCAGACACCAAAAUCUGCAGGAGCGUGGUGGAGGGAAAAUACUGGAAUGGGUUCUGAAGCCUACUCUACAAGAUGUAUUUACUGGAUUUUCAUGUGUGGGGUUCAAUAUUCUGAGAUCCGAGGGAGUGAUGCACAUCCAAGCCAUUAACCCCUCUCUUGCCACAGAAAAACACAACUGUUGCACGUUCAUGGGUGAAGGGCAAGGGUUCUGUGCAGCUGGCUCUCUAUUUACCAUGUGCUCGGUGGACUAAAGCGAAGUAAAGGCAGACAUGGCCCUAUUCCUUCCUCAGUAUUUCAGCACUUACAGGGGUUAUGUGCCCCAUCACUGAAUUUGUGGACAAUGGUUGAGGGUCCAGGUGGGUAAUGAUGGGGGCAGGUAGUGAGCUCUGCCAUGAAUUGUACCCUCUAUAGUGGACCUCUUCUCCCUGUUUACUGUGCCCGGAAUCAACCUGGCAGAAUGUCUUCUAACGCUACAUAGACAUGUGUUUAAUACUUAGCAGAAUAAUGAGAAUAAUUAUCAUGAUCUCCUCAACCUUGCAUCCACACUACUCUGCUCUCUGCUGCUAUUAAUGGCGUGAGUCGUCCUCCGCCUGGCCCCCCUUGCUGCUCUCUCUACCCCUCACUAUGUAUCAUAAUCCAGGGCAAAACAAGGUGAAGUCUCCAGCAAGCAGGAGCUGGACAAAUAAAAACCUUUUACCGGA